AUGCGGCCGCGGCGGCCCCUGCUCCCGGCGCCCGGCGGGGCUUACAUGGCGCUGGAGGACCUGCUUUGUCUCUGCUUCUCCGCCCUCGCCGUCCUGGCCGUGCAAGGGAAGCUGCCGGAGGGGGAUUCUCUGGAGUUGGGCUGCAGUGCAGGCCCUGCGAAGGUGAUCCUGGAGCCAAACCAAGCCGUGGUUUUGGACUGUAACGUGGCCCCCGUUGAACAGGUGAUCAAUAUCACGUGGAAGAGGAAUGGCUUUCCAUUAGUGGACCAGGAAAAUCUGCACGUGCUUCCCAAUGGAUCGCUCUUCAUCUCAUCCCAGGCUGUGGCAAAAGACAGCAAAUACCCUGAGCGGGCCAGCGCUGAGGGUAACUACUCCUGCGUGUCCCACAGCUCCCUAGGGGCUGUCACCAGUCAAACAGCUACGGUCAGAUUUUCAACCUUAUCGCGCUUUUUCCAACAGCCGGAGUCGCAGGCAGCGGAGGAAAAUGGCAUGGCCCGGUUCGAGUGUCGCAUCGAAGGGCUGCCCGCGCCGCUCAUCACAUGGGAGAAGGAUCACGUAGCGGUUCCAGCAGAGCCCAGGUUCAUAACUCUUCCAAAUGGAGUCCUCCAAAUUGUGGAUGUGCAGGAGAGCGAUGCUGGUGCCUACCACUGCGUGGCCACCAAUGCUGCCCGAAGGCGCUACAGCAACGCGGCGGUCCUCAGCGUCCUGAAAGGUUCCCAGGCAGCCGCAGGAGAUGUGACCAUCGUGGCCGCUCCGGAGAACACGACGGUGGUGGCGGGCGAGAGCGCGGUGCUGGAGUGCAUGGCCUCCGCCAAGCCCACCCCCUUCGUCUCCUGGAUACGCCAGGAUGGGAAGCCCAUUUCCACGGAUGUGAUUGUGCUGGGCCGGACAAACCUCCUCAUUCCCUCCAGCCAGCCGCACCACUCGGGGGUCUACGUUUGCCGGGCUAACAAACCCCAGACCAGGCAAUUUGUUACUGCCGCGGCCGAGCUCCGGGUCCUUGCUCUGCCCAGUAUCUCGCAGGCUCCCGAGACGAUCUCGCGCACGCGGGCGAGCACAGCGCGCUUCGUGUGCCGGGCGGAGGGCGAGCCGGCCCCUGCCGUCCACUGGCUGAAGAACGGGCAGCCCAUCCUCUCCAACGGGCGUGUGAAGGUGCAGAGCAGCGGGAGCCUCGUGGUCAACCAGAUCGGCCUGGAGGAUGCCGGCUACUACCAGUGCGUGGCUGAGAACAGCCUGGGCACGGCCUGCGCCACCGCCAGGCUCUCGGUGAUCGUGCGCGAGGGCCUGCCCAGCGCUCCCAAAAGGGUCUCGGCUGUGUCCCUCUCCAGCACCACGGUCCUUGUGUCCUGGGAGCGGCCGGAGCACAACAGCGAGCAGAUCAUUGGCUUCUCCUUGCAUUACCAACGGGCUCUGGGAACAGAUAAUGUGGAGUACCAGUUUGCAGUCAACAACGAUACCACCGAGCUGCAAGUCAAGGACCUAGAGCCCAACACCAACUAUGUCUUCUAUGUGGUUGCAUAUUCCCAGCUUGGAGCAAGCCGGACAUCCUCUUCUAUCAUCGUUCAGACCCUGGAGGAUGUUCCCAGCGCUGCCCCUCAGCUGUCCCUGUCGAGCAUGACUCCUGGUGACAUCCGCGUGACGUGGCUGCCGCCUCCUCCGGAGCUGAGUAACGGCAAGAUAACCAAGUACAAGAUCGACUACUGCACCCUCAAGGAAGCAGAUCAGGUCACGUCCAUCGAGGUGGGUGGAAACGAGACGCAACUCACGCUGUACUCGCUGCAUCCCAACAAAGUGUACAAGGUGCGCAUUGCAGCCAGCACCAGCAUGGGCUACGGGGCCCCUUCCGAGUGGACCCAGCAUCGGACUCCGGAUAGGGACAACCAGACACACGUGCCAUUUGCCCCGACAGAAUUGAAAGUGCGAGCGAAGAUGGAGUCUCUGCUGAUAACGUGGCAGCCCCCAGCCAACCAUGCGCAGAUAUCAGGCUACAAGCUCUACUACCGGGAAGUGGGCACAGAGGAGGCCAGCGAUGAAAGCCCUUUGGAUGGCGCUGAAGACGAGAGCUGGGACGUGGGGCCCAUAAAGCUAAAGAAGAAAGUGAAGCAGUAUGAACUGACUCGUCUAGUUCCUGGGAAGCUCUAUGAGGUGAAGCUGGUGGCAUUUAACAAGCACGAGGAUGGCUAUGCAGCAGUUUGGAAAGGCAAAACGGAAAAGGCACCUGUGACAGCAGUAGAUCCCCCGGUGCAGAAGGGUCCUCCACUGCCUCCAGUUCAAGUCUAUGCAGAAUCCAACAGCUCCACUUCCAUAUGGCUCAGGUGGAAGAAGCCUGACUUCACCACAGUCAAGAUUGUCAACUACACCGUGCGCUUCAGCCCUUGGGGACUUAAAAACGCCUCUCUCGUAACGUACUAUACCAGCUCGGAUGAAGACAUCCUCAUUAGUGGACUGAAGCCCUACACCAGGUACGAGUUUGCAGUUCAGUCCAACGGUGUCGGCAUCGAUGGGCCCUUCGGCAGCGUGGUGGAGCGGUUCACCCUUCCAGACCGUCCUUCAACUCCUCCGUCUGACCUGCGGCUGCACCCGCUCAACCCCUACGCCGUGCAGGUGCACUGGUGCCCCCCCGCCGAGCCCAACGGCAUCAUCGUGGAGUACCUCAUCCUGUACAACGCCAACAACACGCAGCCCGAUGACAUGUGGACCCUGCUCACACGUGAAGGAAAUAUCUUCAGCACUGAAGUGCACGGCCUGGAAAGUGAUACCAGAUACUACUUCAAGAUGGGAGCAAAGACAGUCGUGGGAUCUGGGCCCUAUUCGAACGUGAAGGAUGUGCACACCCUGCGGGAGAAGCUCUCUGAUGUUCUGGAUAUCCACUCGGUCACAGGCAUCAUCGUGGGCGUCUGUCUGGGGCUGCUCUGCAUUCUCUUCUGCAUGUGCGCCAGCUUCCGCAGCAGCAAGCACAGGGAGGCUCUGCCAGGGAUGGACCCGCAGGCAGCUGGCAACCACACUUACUACCACCGGGGCAGGCAAGGGGUGGCAGCUCCUCGUGCCGCCUCAGACUGCCACGAGCUGGAGUCCCUCAUGUCCCCGCUGCCGGAGGAUGCCCCCGUGCCCCUGGGGGACAUCACGGAGCUGACGGAAGUGCACAGCCUCGUGCCCACGAGCCGCCCUGACGCCGUCGUCCCCGGGAAGAGGAAGUCCUCGUGGAAUAAAUCAGCCAAGCAGCCCUGGGCAAGCAGCGUAGCCAGAUACGGAGAGGCCAUCAAGGAAGAGCCGCUCUCUGCUGCAAACGGAUCGCUGAAGCUGCAGCCCGGCACGGGGCAGAAGCUCUUGUUGCAAGCCCUGGUUUACGACGCUGUGAUGAACGAAGCAAAGAAGAGCCACCCCCCCGCCUGCCUCCAUCAGGUGGAGGCUGAGGUCAUCGUCCACUCUGAUUUUUCAGCCUCUGACAGAGACUACGACUCUCAGCUUCACGCACUGGACAGUGAAGAAACAGAAACCGAGGACCAAGAGCCCGAGGAGUUUCCCUGCGGUGACCGGGCUCUUCCCGCCUCUCCCAGCACCCAGCAGGAUCUCGGCCACCCGCUGACGGACAAUCCUGAGGUGCAAACCCGGGGUGGGCCACUAAGUACUGACCAAAAGACUAGCAAAGCGGAGGCUGCCUGCAUCCAUGGGCUCUCCAACGGCUUCCACAGGCACGGGGAGAGUCUGCAGUCAGUGCAGAGCGGAGACUCGGGCUCCGUCCAGGAGGGCAGGGGCCACCAACAGCCAGUCAAGUGCCAGUCGUUUUCCGUGGCCCCAGAGGAUGCCCCCCUGGGCAGGAACUCUGGUUUAACCUGUUCAUCCUCAGCAUCUGAGAACAUGACAUAUGUCCACAAUCAUUAAAGCGUAAAUGAAUCUGAUUUUGGUCAUGGGAGAGCCAGAAGCGCUAAUGAAGGCCUGUCCGUGUCAGGUGCUGCAUGCCCUUGACUUGCCAGGGCCAGCAGGAGCUAAGAGGAUGCCGCGUCUCAUCAGAACAGGGCUUGGGCCUGUCAGCUCUACAUAACUACCUUGGGGAAAUCAGGAGGUAGAUUGAUGGGAGCACCGUCUUCUUCCCGCUAAACCUAAUGAGUAAUUGGGUGUUUGUGGAAGCAGGACUGAGCCGUCUGCCAACGUCUGAUGUGCAGCCACGACUAGAACAGAGCCUUCUGCGUUAGACCGGUGCAGUAGCCCCGAUGGCGAGUGGAAGAGGCCGUUAAAUGCUGAAAAGAGGCAGAGUUCACCGAGUGAUCCCUCAGCCGGCUCUUCUCCAUGGAGGACCUUCGCGUUAUCCACUGCCGUGCAGCACUGGGAUGAAUUUUGACAAGUGUGGAGGUGGAAACCGAUGAAAGAGAAGUUGUGAGCUGUAACCACCAGCUUUCUCUGCCCUCCCGUGGUUAAAAUGAUUAUAAGGCUCUCUUCGGACGCUACCACAGUAACUAUUACUAGCAGGCUGAUGUAGUGGCCUUUUAUUACACACUCUACGAGUGCCUCUAACACCUUGUACUAUAUAGAACCUUCUCCAGUGUCUGGGUCGUUUCACCAACCUGGGCUUUGUUUUACGUAGGUUCUUGUACCUAAUAUUUUAGGUACACAUCUGUCCUUUUAAUGUACAACAUGGAUUUUUAUUUCCU